AAAUCUGUCGAGCGAGUUUAUAAAUAGAAACUAGUUUUCAGAUCAGCGCGCUAUCGUGUAUUCUAGUAACUUUUCCUUCAAGUCCAAGUCAGCUUUAUCCCUCGCGUCGACUAAAACCCACCCUUACGACGCCAAAUCGAUCGGUAAAGUACAACCCCACUCGUGCAGAUGGUGCCACGUCACGAAGGGGUGGCAUUUCGGCGUCGGAAGCGCGAUAGGGGAUGCUCGGAGGGGUCUCACCCGAUCCGUACACGUCGUCAUCGUGCGAGUCGACGACUAUGUGGCAUGGGUAGCCACGUAGGCGGCGAAGGGUUGGAAGUGGCGAGAGAGGGUAAGGAGGGUAAUUAUACGGCGGGUGCGGGACGCGAGGAGUAAGACGAGGGCGCGAGAGCGCGGCAAAGAGAGAGGGUGGGCGAGAACGGCGUAGCGAGACGAGACACAGUCCAGUUGAGGCGCAAGGGUCCUCCGGCCAAGGACUACGAUCCCUGGCGGUCCGGGACAUUAUGCCAGGCGGCGAGGGGUCCUCGAUCAAUCUCCUCGACCACCAUCAUCAUCAUCGCGCGACGACCGCCGCCACCACGUCCGCGACGGACGAGUGCGCGAACGGCGAUGAUGUCAAAACCGAGACGACGAGCACCGGCGCGACCUUCACCAAUACGAUGACGAGCGCCCUACCGGGCGACGGUCUCCGGCGCAGAAAGGUCAUACACGCGGCCCGAGAAACCCUCGACAAGGCGUCCCGUCUUUUAAGACGAAAAAUACCAUGUACAGGCCAUUUAAUGACCCCCCGCCGCCUAUGGAUACAAAAGGUUCCUACUCAGGAAUGCGACGUAGUCAUGAUGUUCCCUAGCGGGACAAAUGACGAGACCUUGAUGUGGUUUUUAGCACGGCUUCGGGCUGGAACCCCGGGGUUAAUAGUUCACGUGCGACAUCAUGCCUCAUCGGACAGUUACGGGUUUUACAUUACAGCACCUUUCGGAAUUCUACUCAAGGCUGCCGAGGAAGUGCAUCUACCGAAGGCCCUGCGACAGGAAUUUGGCGGUGGACUCAAGGAGUUUGUCGGCUCUGAGGCCAAUUGCUUCGAGGGCAGCGACGACGAGAUUCGCUUCUUCACUACCCAAGAAAGACAGUCUCUAGUGCUGCACUUGCUUCACAGCUUGAGAGCGAACCCACACGACCUCCACAGUCUGCCUGGUCUUAAGCUGGUGGAAGGUCAAGCGAUUAUUCCAAAGUGCAUUUCGUCUGGUAUUAUUUCUCAGGUCUUCCCCCUUCAUGAAUUACCCGCAUUAGAAAAAUUGCAACGAAACUGGGUUCGCGCGUUCCUUAGCCCACAGCCCUUAGACGACAUUUGUAAAUACUUUGGGGUGAAAAUUACCAUGUACUUUGCCUGGCUAGGCCACUACACUACCGCUUUAAUCGUUCCAGCUGCAGUGGGUGUCAUAUACUGGGUCGGCAUCAUCGGCAGGAACCAAGCGGUGGAAGACGUGGCCUACGUUCUGUUUUCGGUGUUCAACGUGAUAUGGGCUACCGUAUACCUGGAGACGUGGAAAAGGAGAGGCGCGGAAUUGGCGUACAGGUGGGGCACUUUGGAUCAGAGGGACGAUUUAUUGGUCGAGCCUAGACCUCUGUUUACAGGAACACUGGAGAUCUCACCGGUUACAGGAAGACUGGAACCAACGUAUCCCAGAUGGCGUAGAAAUAUGUUUCGGUAUUUUGUGAGCGUUCCUAUCAUCGCAAUCUGUUUACUCUUUGUCUUCAUCGUUAUGAUAUUGAGUUUUCAGAUACAGGAUUGGUGGGAUGCGUAUCUUGAAUCUGGAGGCUAUGGAUUUUGGCUUAGUUACGUGCCAAAGGUUUUGCUCGCAGUAGUCAUCGCACUGAUGGAUGAGGCGUACUUCAAGGUCGCGGUGUGGUUAAACGAUUUGGAAAACUAUCGACUAGACACCGAGUACGAGAAUCAUCUGAUCUACAAAGUGGCACUGUUUCAGUUUGUAAACUCCUUCCUAUCGCUGUUUUACAUCGCCUUCUAUCUCCAAGAUCAAGAGAGACUUAAAGAGCAAUUGGCGGCCCUACUCAUAGCUCGUCAGGUGAUCGGCAAUCUAAAGGAAUCCGCGGUACCGUAUUUAAUCGAGCAGCUGCGAUUGGCACGUCUGAGUUUCGAGAUGUUCGGGGCUUUGAGUCCCAGCGAAGCAAGGCCACCCCCGAGUCAAGAAAACGAAGAUGUACAGGGUGGUAAAAACAACGAGGAAAAGGAGGAUCGACCCGAAAGCGGCAAAUCGAAGCAACCGCGAAAUGUCAGCCAGGCAGAACUGGAGAGUUCCCUCUACAGAGUAGGGCAUCCCACUAAUUCUCUACUUAGUGACGUUACGUUCAAGGUAUCGACCAGAAAGUACGACGGGGCAUUUUCGGAGCAUUUGGAAAUGCUAUCCCAACUGGGAUAUGUCUGUCUCUUCUCUUCGGCCUUUCCAUUAGCUGCGAUGGCUGCAUUACUUGGAAAUUUAUUAGAAUUACGCGGUGACGCAUUCAAAUUAUGUUUCGUGCUUCAACGACCUUUCGGGCGUAGAGUUUCGAAUAUUGGCACAUGGCAAAAUGCCAUGGAGGCGAUGGGUCUGGUCGCUAUUUUAGUGAAUUGCGCCCUGAUUGGAUUAAGCGGACAAGUGCAACGAAUGUUCCCAGAGAUGUCGGCAACGCAAACAAUUUUAUUAAUUGUAGCAUUGGAGCAUAUAAUGUUCGCUAUUCGAUUUAUAAUCAUUUGCGCAAUUCCCGAUAUACCUCAUUGGGUCGCUACCGAGAUGGCUAAAGUCGAAUUUUUACGACGCGAGGCAGUUCGGAGAUUAUCCUCGACCCCAUCACCGGAACAACAACCAACAACAGUGAUAGGGAGAUUCGUGGUGAGUCCAGCAGACGGAGAAAGCGAAGAGCAGAACUUGCUCUCCGACCGCACCGGCUACGCGACCAUGUCGAGUCAAGCGGACACAACGACCUUGACUUCAACCACUCACACACCCAGUGGACCGACAACGCCUAGCGCCGCGUCCGUGCCGAGGAUCGCGGAAACACCACCCACGGCCGUGACACCUGUCAGCGGCGGAAGCAGCAGCGAGACUAGCAGUCCAUUCCUACCCGAGAACAAUUCCAGCAAUGUCACCCGCGAUAUUCGUAAUAUGCCAAGAUGUUCCAUACCCGGAGGCGAACGAGGACGACGCUCGAGGGAAUGGUUGACCAAUGAGCCAGAAGCAUCUGGUACGACCGAUUACGGGCAUCAUCUAACUAUUGGACCGCACGGCGUUGACUGGGUACGUCGAUUAGGUCUAGAAGCCGGUGGGAGAAAAUCGAGCGAUUCCGAAAUUAGCGGUGCCGGUGCAGUAAGCGGACGGGAGGAGGAAUUAACUUUGCACAGAUCGACCGAUUGCAUCGUUUCCAAAGAGCUCGCCUCUUCCUCAGAUAGCGAUCUUCUCAGGUCAGCACCACCGUGGGCGGUUGCUCACAGAAACCAGAAGUUCCGCUUCUCGCCAGAAAAGGAGAAAGAACGUGAGAGGAUGGAGAAACAGCAGCAAUAUCAACAUCAUAAUCCGCGAGAAUCGACGCAUGAUCGCGAGCGGGAACGCGAGCGAGAACGCGAGCGGGAACGCGAGCGGGAACGCGAGCGGGAACGCGAGCGGGAACGCGAGCGAGAUCGCGAGCGAGAUCGCGAGCGGGAUCGAGAGCGGGAUCGAGAGCGGGAUCGAGAGCGGGAUCGAGAGCGGGAUCGCGAGCGGCAAUCCUAUCUCACCGAGAAGGAGAAGGACUCGAGCGGUUUGUCAGACUCCAGCAAAACAAUCUCGAGUCAGGAAGAGGAGAAACCGACGACGAAGGAGGACCGGGAGGCGAAAAAGACACGCGUCAAGCAAAGCCUGAUGAAGCGGGCGCGCUCGGUAGCGAUCUUUUCGCUCAAGUUAAAGGAACGCCGCGCACGGGAGGCUGAACUUAAGGCCAAGGAAGCGGAAAGGGAGGCUAGGUGGCAACAACCGCAAUCCUGCGUCGGCGGCGAACUCUCGUGCAUCCCCAUAGAAAAGCUUAUUUCCGUGGAUGACAUUGCGUCCAUGGAAAUGCGUCGGAUGAAUCAUUAGCCGCUUGACUUGUCUUUCUCACACAUUUUCAUUUUCUCGCUACGUAGAGAGCUGUUCGUGUGCCGCGACACGUGAAUGCAUCAAUACCAUCUUGUCAACUCGAUGGCAAAAUUUAGACGCGAGAAAAAAAUCGCGACCGAGAGAGAGGCGAUAAUUUGACGGUCGCGAGGCAAAAACUCGUGAUCGGAAAAAAGAAAAGGCGCACAAUUUAUGGAUCAUCGCAGGCACAAGAUCUUAGACAUUUCAUUUAGGAGAUACUUCCGAUAUAUCGUUACUUAAGCUCAGGGCAUCAAAUCGCGACUUGGUUCGGUUUCAAAAUGAAGCAGAUAGAUAUUUUUCAAGGAUUCAUGAUAGUAUUUCACAAUGAAAGCGCUAAAAAUUUUCAAAAACCAUUUUGUUUUGCUUUAAAUUUUUUAAAAGAUGUUACAAAUGAUUACGAAAAGAGAAAAGGGAAUAAAUAUACAAAUUUCGCUAAUUUAAGCAAAUAAUUUUACAAAAUGGAAAAUUACAGAAAUUAUAUUGAUUUUUAAAUAAAAAAAUAAGGAUAUAACUUUUUUUAAUUUCAAAAUUUUAAUAAUAUGAUUUUACAGAGCAGGAAAAGAUUAUGUGACUGAAUUAUUAUUUCUUCAAUAAAUAAAAAUAUAUAUUUUUAUUGGUUUUAAAGAUUUUGAUUUAAACGUCAAAAGUUUUAAAUAAUUAAUUAUAAAUAAAUUGUCAAAAAACAUUAACGGGUGGUCUGUAACAAGUUGUACAAUUUUUAUAUUAUAAAUUCUUAUUCAUCGUAAUAAUUUUAAUUUUGCGUCGAUUCAACGCCCUACUAAAUGGCACAUUCUUCUAGUUUACUAGUUUAGUUAAAUAACGAGACAUCGUAGAUUAUUGAGCCUUUAAAAAAAAGAGAAAUUAUUGUGCUACAAAAAAAAAAUAAAAAAACGUUCCGUUCGUGCCGUCAACAUUCUACGCCGAAAUUGAAUUAUCCUCAACUGCUCCAUAAUGGAAUCCGGAUGGCAUAGUCGCACGCGAUCUGAUUAUCGAAGAAAGAGAGAACCGCGAGAGAUUCUCUUAGAGAAACAGUCGAUUGUAAAAUAUCCAGUUACUUGCUGAAUAGCGAGCAUCAGGGUGUGAAAUUCAACGAAAAUGGAGGAACUUUGUUGUUGUUGCG